GAAAGAGGCUACACGUGGGGGUUGUUUUAAUGUGGCAUCAUAGUUGAGUCGCCAGAUUGCGGUGGGUGCACAACAGAACACACGAUUGAGUUGAGUCGCCAGAAAAGUUAAAAUGGCUAUCAAGGCCACGCCUUCCGCCUUCGUAUCAAUCAAACCUUCCACUCUUCCACCCUUCAAAUCAUCAUUUCUCAGUUACCGCUCAGGAGCAUUGGAAGUUCCUGGUAUACGGGUAUGCUACUCGGAUAGACUGAAAUGUAAUUGUCAUGGUGGUGGUGCCCUUGGUUCUCAGAUGAAUCUAUUUAGCAGAUUUGCUAGAGUUAUCAAGUCAUAUGCCAAUGCCAUUAUAAGCUCCUUUGAAGACCCUGAGAAGAUAUUAGAACAGGCUGUGCUGGAUAUGAACAAUGAUUUGAUAAAGGUUCGUCAAGCUACAGCACAGGUUCUAGCAUCUCAAAAGCAGUUAGAAGGAAAGUACAAAUCUGUACAAAAAGCUUCUGAUGAUUGGUAUCGAAGGGCACAGCUUGCUCUUCAGAAGGAAGAUGAGGAACUUGCCCGUGAGGCACUUAAGAGAAGAAAGUCUUAUGCUGAAAAUGCAACUGCUUUGAAGGUACAACUUGAACAGCAAAAGAAUGUUGCUGAUGAUCUUGUGUCCAAAACACGGCUUUUGGAGAGCAAGAUACAAGAGGCAAAGUCAAAGAAAGAUACCCUCAAAGCAAGAGCUCAGUCUGCAAAGACUUCUACCAUAGUUAGUGAGAUGGUCACCAAUAUCAACACAAGCAGUGCCCUUGCAGCUUUUGAUAAGAUGGAGGAAAAGGUAUUAACCAUGGAGGCUCAGGCAGAUGCAUUGAACCAGUUGACUACUGACAAUCUUGAGGGAAAGUUUGCACUGCUGGAGAACUCUUCUGUCGAUGAUGAUCUUGCAGAGUUAAAGAAAGAAUUAUCUGGAAGCUCCAAGCAGGGAGAACUUCCACCAGGAAGAACUGUUUCCACCAACAAAGAACUCCCUCCCUUCCUUGACUUGGAGCUUGAGAAGGAGCUUAAUGAGCUCAGAAGAAGAGCAAAGGGGUACUAGCCUCUAGGUUCCACCUUUUUUACACUCAAUUGCUUGUUUAGUGUAACUUUUUCUAGAGAAACAGUUGCUGUAUUUUUAUCAGCUUUCUUAGAAAAUUUUUAAAAAAUUAUGAGAAAUAAUUAGUUUCCAAACAUUGGUUGUGACGGAUCCAGAAAUUUUAGAUAGUAGGGGGUGGGGGCAAUAUUUAUUUAUAUAUUUGUAGUAUUAAAAAUUUUACAUAUAACUUUUAAAAA